AUGAAUAUAGUAUCAUCAUCAUCAUCAUCAUCAUCAUCAUCAUCAUCAUCAUCAUCAUCAUCAUCAUCAUCAUCAUCAUCAUCAUCAUCAUCAUCAUCAUCAUCAUCAUCAUCAUCAUCAUCAUCAUCAUCAUCAUCAUCAUCAUCAUCAUCAUCAUCAUCAUCAUCAUCAUCAUCAUCAUCAUCAUCAUCAUCAUCAUCAUCAUCAUCAUCAUCAUCAUCAUCAUCAUCAUCAUCAUCAUCAUCAUCAUCAUCAUCAUCAUCAUCAUCAUCAUCAUCAUCAUCAUCAUCAUCAUCAUCAUCAUCAUCAUCAUCAUCAUCAUCAUCAUCAUCAUCAUCAUCAUCAUCAUCAUCAUCAUCAUCAUCAUCAUCAUCAUCAUCAUCAUCAUCAUCAUCAUCAUCAUCAUCAUCAUCAUCAUCAUCAUCAUCAUCAUCAUCAUCAUCAUCAUCAUCAUCAUCAUCAUCAUCAUCAUCAUCAGAAAACUGGUAUAUGUGUCUUAAUUUGGGCUAA